AUGAUGAUAGCCAAGCCACAAUCGACGUCCAGGGACCAUGCUCUGAAUCGCGACUCGCGAAUUUCGAAGCCAAUGUCGAUAACAUCUUGUUAUGUGCUUUACAACGUCACAAUGCUCCCACGUAUGCUGGUGUAGGGUCAUAAUGUCGUUACGUAUGAACAAAAAGCCUGUCGGUGACGUAGCGAGAUACUGCCUCGGAUCGGAAAGGCUAAUAAGAGUUGCCCUUCCGGAGGCAUCGUAGGAAAAACUCUCCCAUACGACAGCAGGAGAGUUAGUAAGCCAGUUUACAAACUGGCCUGA